CCCGCUUAUUGGAGGGUGGUUACUGGAUUUAGCUGGCGUGGGCUCCUUUUCGUCCGUGCUCUCUGGUUAAAUCCAGUGCCAUCGCGCUCCUUGUGAGUCCCAGCGAGAGAAUGCGAAGGGGAGAGGCAGGACCAAAGUUGAGGCGAAUUCAGUGGCAUGCCGAUGGGUCUCCAGGUAUGUGACCUCAGAGGAGCUUGAAUGAGAAUGUAAUACCAAGAUAAGUCGACUUUCAAUUCAACUGACUCUUUCCUGCAAGAUCCUUUGCCGCAAUGGGGGAAUUAAGAAGGGAAUAAGCUGGCAAGAAUGAGUCAGACAUUUCCAAGCAAGAUUGUUUUUUUUUCCCUUUUUGUUUACUUUAUCCAGACUCUAGCCAAAAAGAUUCAUCUCGAGGAAUUAUAUUCUUGGAGAUGUUGGGAAAAGAUUCCUGGGUCUUGGAAGAUAAUUACUAGAAAUAUGCAGGGGAGGAAUAAAAUUGAAGGGUGUUUUUCUUAGAGAACACCAUUUGUCCUAUUUAUCAGGAAUUCGAAGAUUUAUAUAAGCAGGAUGAAGUUAAAGGAAAUAGAUCGUACAGCCAUGCAGGCAUGGAGCCCUGCCCAGAAUCAUCCCAUUUACCUAGCUACAGGAACAUCUGCUCAACAAUUGGAUGCAACAUUUAGUACCAGUGCUUCUCUUGAGAUAUUUGAAUUAGACCUUUCUGAUCCAUCCUUGGAUAUGAAAUCUUGUGCCACUUUCUCUUCUUCUCACAGGUACCACAAGUUGAUUUGGGGGCCUCAUAAGAUGGAUUCCAAAGGAGAUGUCUCUGGAGUUCUGAUUGCAGGUGGUGAAAAUGGAAAUAUUAUUCUUUAUGAUCCUUCUAAAAUUAUAGCUGGUGAUAAGGAAGUUGUGAUUGCCCAGAAUGACAAACAUACUGGCCCAGUGAGAGCCUUGGAUGUGAACAUUUUCCAGACUAAUCUGGUGGCCUCUGGUGCUAAUGAAUCUGAAAUCUACAUUUGGGAUUUAAACAAUUUUGCAACUCCAAUGACACCAGGAGCCAAAACGCAGCCCCCAGAAGAUAUCAGCUGCAUUGCAUGGAACAGACAAGUUCAGCAUAUUUUGGCAUCAGCCAAUCCCAGUGGCCGGGCCACUGUGUGGGAUCUUAGAAAAAAUGAACCCAUCAUCAAAGUCAGUGAUCAUAGUAACAGGAUGCAUUGCUCUGGGUUGGCGUGGCAUCCUGAUGUUGCUACUCAGAUGGUCCUUGCCUCUGAGGAUGACAGGUUACCAGUGAUCCAGAUGUGGGAUCUUCGCUUUGCCUCCUCUCCACUCCGUGUCCUGGAAAACCAUGCCAGGGGGAUUUUGGCAAUUGCUUGGAGCAUGGCGGAUCCUGAAUUGUUGCUGAGCUGUGGAAAAGAUGCUAAGAUUCUCUGUUCCAACCCAAACACAGGAGAGGUGUUAUAUGAACUUCCCACCAACACACAGUGGUGCUUUGAUAUUCAGUGGUGUCCCAGAAAUCCUGCUGUCUUAUCAGCUGCUUCCUUCGAUGGGCGUAUCAAUGUUUAUUCUAUCAUGGGAGGGAGUGCAGAUGGUUUAAGGCAGAAACAAGUUGACAAGCUUUCAUCGUCUUUUGGGAAUCUUGAUCCGUUUGGCACAGGACAGCCCCUUCCUCCGUUACAAAUUCCUCAGCAGACUGCUCAGCAUCGUAUAGUGUUGCCUCUGAAGAAGCCACCCAAGUGGGUCCGAAGACCUGUUGGGGCUUCCUUUUCAUUUGGAGGCAAACUGGUUACCUUUGCGAGUGUCAGAACACAGCCUCAGCAGGGAGCUGAGCAGCAGCUGCAGCAGCACCACGUGCGCAUCAGUCAGGUCGUAACAGAAGAGGAAUUCCUUAGCCGGUCAGCCCAACUUCAGCAGGUCGUGCAGUCACAAGGAUUUGUCAGUUAUUGUCAGAAGAAGAUUGAUGCUUCUCAGACUGAGUUUGAGAAAAAUGUGUGGUCCUUUUUGAAGGUAAACUUUGAGGAUGAUUCUCGUGGAAAAUACCUUGAACUUCUAGGAUAUAGAAAAGAAGACCUAGGAAAGAAGAUUGCUUCGGCCUUGAACAAAGUGGAUGGACCUGAUGUGGCUCUUAAAGACUCUGACCAAGUAGCACAGAGUGAUGGGGAGGAGAGCCCUGCUGCUGAAGAGCAGCUCUUGGGAGAGCGCAUUAAAGAGGAAAAACAAGAAUCUGAAUUUCUACCAUCAGCUGGAGGAACAUUUAACAUCUCCAUCAGUGGGGAUAUUGAUGGUUUAAUUACUCAGGCUUUGCUGACGGGUAACUUUGAGAGUGCUGUUGACCUUUGUUUACAUGAUAACCGCAUGGCUGAUGCCAUUAUAUUGGCCAUAGCAGGUGGACAAGAACUCUUGGCUCGAACCCAGAAAAAGUACUUUGCAAAAUCCCAAAGCAAAAUUACCAGGCUAAUUACUGCAGUAGUGAUGAAGAACUGGAAAGAGAUUGUCGAGUCUUGUGAUCUUAAAAAUUGGAGAGAGGCUUUAGCUGCAGUAUUGACUUAUGCUAAACCAGAUGAAUUUUCUGCCCUUUGUGAUCUUUUGGGAACCAGGCUUGAAAGUGAAGGUGAUAGCCUCCUGCAGACUCAGGCAUGUCUCUGCUAUAUUUGUGCAGGGAAUGUAGAGAAACUAGUUGCAUGUUGGACUAAAGCUCAAGAUGGAAGCAAUCCUUUGUCCCUUCAGGAUCUGAUUGAGAAAGUUGUCAUCCUGCGAAAAGCUGUACAACUCACCCAAGCCAUGGACACUAAUACUGUAGGAGUUCUUUUGGCUGAGAAGAUGAGUCAGUAUGCCAAUUUGUUGGCAGCCCAGGGCAGUAUUGCUGCAGCCCUGGCUUUUCUUCCUGAUAACACCAACCAGCCAAAUAUUGUGCAGCUUCGUGACAGACUUUGUAGAGCACAAGGAAAUCCAGCAGGACAACAGGAGUCACCUAAAAUUCCUUAUGAGAGGCAGCAGCUGCCCAAGGGCAGGCCUGGACCAGUUGCUGGCCACACACAGAUGCCAAGAGUUCCAGCUCAACAAUAUUAUCCCCAUGGAGAAAAUCCUCCACCUCCAGGCUUCAUAAUGCAUGGGAAUGUUAAUCCAAAUGUUGCCACAGCUCAGCUUCCCACAUCUCCUGGUCAUAUGCACACCCAGGUACCACCUUAUCCACAGCCACAGCCUUAUCAACCAGCCCAGCAGUAUUCCUUCGGAACAGGGGGGUCAGCAGUGUAUCGACCUCAGCAACCUGUUGCUCCUUCUGCUUCAAACGCUUACCCUAACACCCCGUACAUAUCUUCUGCUUCUUCCUAUUCUGGGCAGUCUCAACUAUACACAGCACAGCACCAGGCCUCUCCACCUACCUCCAGCUCCACUGCCUCUUUCCCUCCUCCUCCUUCCUCUGGAGCAUCCUUCCAGCAUGGCGGACCAGGAGCUCCACCGUCAUCUUCAGCUUAUGCGCUGGCUCCUGGAGCAACAGGUACACUGCCUGCUGCCGGCGAGCUGCCUGCAUCCCAGAGAACAGGUUCUCAGAAUGGUUGGAAUGAUCCUCCAGCUUUGAACAGAGUACCCAAGAAGAAGAAGAUGCCUGAGAACUUUACGCCUCCUGUUCCCAUCACAUCACCAAUCAUGAACCCCUUGGGUGACCACCAGUCACAGAUGCUGCAGCAGCAACCUUCAGCUCCAGUACCACUAUCAAGCCAAGCUUCAUUCCCACAGCCACACCUUCCAGGUGGCCAGCCCUUCCAUGGCAUACAGCAACCCCUCAGUCAACCAGGCAUGCCUCCGUCUUUUUCAAAGCCCAAUAUUGAAGGUGCCCCUGGAGCUCCUAUUGGAAAUACCAUGCAGCAUGUGCAGUCUUUGCCAACAGAAAAAAUUACCAAGAAACCUAUUCCAGAUGAACACCUCAUUCUAAAGACCACAUUUGAGGAUCUUAUUCAGCGCUGCCUCUCUUCAGCCACAGAUCCUCAAACCAAGAGGAAGCUAGAUGAUGCCAGCAAACGUUUGGAGUUUCUAUAUGAUAAACUUAGGGAACAGACACUUUCACCAACAAUCAUCAAUGGUUUACACAACAUCGCAAGGAGCAUUGAGACUCGAAACUACUCAGAAGGAUUGACCAUACAUACCCACAUAGUUAGCACCAGCAACUUCAGUGAGACCUCUGCUUUUAUGCCAGUUCUCAAAGUUGUUCUCACCCAGGCCAAUAAGCUGGGUGUCUAAAGGAUGGCUUCACUCUCAGCCACUAUUGCCAUUUUUCCAAAGAAACAUGUUUUAAAAAAUGAUAAGAUGUGGACCAGUCCUCAUUAGCAUGUUUCCAUAGCAGCCAGUCAAGAACAUUUACAUUGUUUCUGCAGAUAUACUCACCUUAGACCUGCUCAAAGCCCUGGUGCUUUCUUUUGUUUUAAUCUUUUAUUGCCUGUGAUGAUUUUCCUAUUCUGCAAAUAAUGUAUUUCCUGGAUUACACAUAGUAUGCUUUCCUGAAGUAUUCUGAUAAAAUAUGGUUUUUGAAACCUCAGGUUUACUUUUUGGAAAAGGAGCCUUUGGUUAUGUGUAAAGCAGAGCUGAAACUAAAUUUCUUUCACGUCCUCCCUACUUCCUCCAUGUCAAUCAGAUUAAAGUGUGUAAUCCUAUUUAUGUGUACGUAGUCUUUUUUUUAAACAGCUACUCACAGUUUAGUUUAAUCUCUGUUUUUUGUGGCUUUGGCUUCACUUUGGUCCUGAACAAAUAACUAAAUCUACAGGCUGCUACAUAGAUUUUAGCAAAUAUUAAUGAAAAGUGGGCUCACUAGUUUUAAGUAUCUAUAGGAAAAGAUUGAGCAUUUUCAUUCUGUAGGAUGCAUUGAACUUUUUUCUAUUAAUAAAUGUUUUCAGUAUUCUGUUUGAGUUUUAAGAUUGAAUUGUCUCCAUUUUAUAUUUAGAAAUCUAUUCAUCCAUUUUUUUAAAGUUACCUAUUUCUCUGAGGUUUAAGUUCAGAAAGAAAGCUUUAACUUCUGUCAGCCUCCUGAAUCGACAUAUUUUCAGACGGUAUUUUCAUCAAAUGAUUUUAUUGUAAUCUGUCUUAAGAACAGUGUGGUAAACAAAAGAUAAUGGUCCCCAUAGAAUCUUGAGGAGAAUUAGAUACUAAUAAUUUUCAUUGUUUAAGCAACUUUACCUAAGUGACUUGGAAAACUAGAAGAUAAAAAGUAUGACUGCUGUGAAGACAGGUGCUGUUUCAAGGACUAAGUGUAGUUCAUCAGGCAUUUUGCAGCCUAAGUGACAUAGUUUACAAGACCCUCUUAAUUUCCUUUGCUGGGAUUCCCUGCUCACCAAAUAAAACACCUCUUUUAAAAAUAAAAAUAGGGACUUCCCUGGUGGCACAGGGGUUAAGAAUCUGCCUGCCGUUGCAGGGGACACAGGUUUGCGCCAUGGUCCGCGAAGAUCCCACAUGCUGCGGAGCACCUAAGCCCGUGCACCACAACUACUGAGCCUGUGCUCUACAGCCCACGAGCUGCAGCUACUGAGCCCACGUGCCACAACUACUGAAGCCCGAGUGCCUAGAGCCCGUGCUCCACAACAAGAGAAGCCACCGCAGUGAGAAGCCCGGGCACUGCAACAAAGAGUAACCCCCACUGGACUCAACUAGAGAAAGCCCACGCACAGCAACGAAGACCCAAUGCAGACAAAACAAAAAAAGACAUUAAAAAAUAGAAAUAGUUUUAUAACUAAAAAAGGAGGACCUUGAUAACAUGUAUGAGCAUUGGAGCCUCACAAGUGGGGUGAUAUAUCAGCUCCCCGGGAUUUUGGUGGUCUGAGUCAGUCCUAGGACACACUGAAGUGGCAACUUGACCUUCUGGACCUGACCCUCGACUGUGGUGUCAGCCCAGGACCCCAUCUGAACAGCAGGCUGGCCUCUAGUAAUUGUUUUGAUGUAUUGCCCUUAUAGUUAGGAUUUGUGUUAUGGCUGUAUGGUUACCUUGACAUGACAAUGGCAAAACUGGCAGCGUUUUACAAAAAAACAUUCCAAAAGAUGAGAAACAGGAAUAGGUGGCAGUGGAGCCCUGACCAACCCCAAAGAUUUUACACGUAUAAGUAUGAAAAAACGAUUUGCCACUGACAUCUGAGCAGCUGUUACAAGUGGAUGGAGGUAAGAAGACUUGAACCCAAAAUAGAGUUUAGUCUUGAAGUAUGAAGAUAACAGGAGAUUAUGGGAAGAGAGCAGUUUGUUUUCCUGAAGAAAAGCGAACAAGGAAAGGGGUGUGAGGGAAACUGGUAGGUGGGGCUGGGUGUUGGCUGGGAGACAUAUCAGAUCUCCGGGACGUGCUUUCUUAUACUUAACCUGCUCCUCUCCUGCACUCCGCGUAUGACCUUUUGGGCUGGAUGGGAUGGAUGUACCUUAGGCCCCGUCUGAGAAUCUCUUAUGUGUGUGGGAUGCACGGCUGAUGGAGAUGGUGGUUCAUUCUAAUAGUGUGGCAGCAGGAGAAAGUUGGAAACAACUGCUCUACAUCUGACGAGAGUCCAACAAGCCUGUAUAUUCCUUUGGAUUCAGAAAAUUCCCAUGUAUGCUGGAGGACAGAAAGAUGCAGUAGGAUUCCUGGCAACCAGAUGUACUCUAUUUAACACCUGCCUGAAAGAUAAAGGGAGGGAUGGUGAUUGGUUAACACUUUUCUGAUAACCACAUGUCUCCUGAACCAGAUUUGUGUUCACCUAAGAAUGACUGCAAGGCCAUCUGUUGACUGCUCAGCCAUGGUGGAGACUUCAUUUGGAAUGGACAUCUACAUAUGCACACAUACAUAUAUACGUAUGCACCCCUCUUUGUCAUUCAACUGCUGCGGUGGCAGCAUCCCCAAAUGUCACCCCUGACAAAUCUAUCAGGGUGUUCAACAGAUGCUGAAGAUGUCACAGGCAGGUAGCAUCUCCAGUUAUUCAGUGAAGAAGGACUGCCUAUGCAUAGAAGCUCUUAACUGUUUCCUCUAAUAGAUAAAUGCUCCAAAUCUUUUAACCAAACUAAAUUACAAAGAAAAAGUGCUCAAAUUAGCUUUAUAGUUCCACUUUUCCUGGCACACUGGUUUUAUAUACAUUUCUGUAGCAUCUGCUCUGCUCAGGGCUUUGGUGACCAUACCAUUCACUCAGGCUCAGGUUGAGUAGUGCACCUACGAGCUGACUGGGGUCAGACUGUGCCAUUCCUAAAUUUCCAGCUGUUUGCUUUCUCUCCCCUCUGGGAGAUACGGAAUGUGUGGGUUUUAGGGUGUUGGGACAGACCUUGAAAAAACUAACAAAAUCAAACAAAAGGAAAUAGACUUUGGUUUAACUGUGGUGCAUGUUUUUUACACUCUGGAUUAAUGUUUCCAGAGACCUGCUAAAGUAUUUAUUUGGCAAACAAUGUUAGUCACCUAGAAUAACUUUGUAUAAACAUCAUUACUCAGUAAUGUCUGAGAUCAUUUUUUUAGUGGAGCUGCACACCCUGUUGAUUUUUUUAGUCCAUUUCUUUUUUUUUUUAAUAGGUUUAUUUAUUUUUGGCUGCGUUGGGUCUUCGUUGCUGCGCACGGGCUUUCUCUAGUUGCGGCAAGCAGGGGCUACUCUUUGUUGUGGUGCGUGGACUUCUCGUUGCAGAGUACGGGCUCUAGGCACGCGGGCUUCAGUAGUUGUGGCUCAGUAGUUGUGGUGCAUGGGCUUAGUUGCUCUGUGGCAUGUGGGAUCUUCGCGGACCAGGGCUCAAACCCGUGUCCCCUGCAUUGGCAUGUGGAUUUUUUUUUUUUUUUUUUGAGUAGCUCUUUAUUGGAGUAUAAUUGCUACACAAUACUGUGUUAGUUUCUGUUGCACAACAAGGAGAAUCAGCCAUAUGCAUACACACGUCCCCAUAUGCCCUCACUCUUGAGCCUCCCUCCCACCCUCCCUAUCCCACCCAUCUAGGUCAUCACAAAGCACUGAGCUGAUCUCCCUGUGCUAUGCUGCUGCUUCCCACCAGCUAUCUAGUUUACAUUUGGUAGUGUAAUAUAUGUCCAUGCUACUCUCACUUCACCCCAGCUUCGCCCUCCCACCCCAUGUCAAGUCCAUUUUAUAUGUCUGCCUUUUUAUUCCUGCCCUGCAAGUAGGUUCAUCAGUACCUUUUUUUUUUUUCCCGAUUCCAUGUAUAUGUGUUAGCAUAUGGUAUUUCUUUUUUUCUUUCUGACUUACUUCACUCUGUAUGACAGACUCUAGGUCCAUCCACCUCACUACAAAUAACUCAAUUUCAUAUCUUUUUAUGGCUGAGUAAUAUUCCAUUGUAUAUAUGUGCCACAUCUUCUUUAUCCAUUCAUCUGUCGAUGGACACUUAGGUUGCUUCCAUGUCCUGGCUAUUGUAAAUAGAGCUGCAAUGAUCAUUGUGGUACAUGACUCUUUUUUUUUUUUUUUAACAUCUUUAUUGGGGUAUAAUUGCUUUACAAUUGUGUGUUAGUUUCUGCUUGAUAACAAAGUGAAUCAGUUAUACAUAUACAUAUGUUCCCAUAUCUCUUCCCUCUUGUGUCUCCCUCCCUCCCACCCUCCCUAUCCCACCCCUCCAGGUAGUACGUGACUCUUUUUGAAUUAUGGUUUUCUCAGGGUAUAUGCCCAGUAGUGGGAUUGCUGAGUCGUAUGGUAGUUCUAUUUUUAGUUUUUUAAGGAACCUCCAUACUGUUCUCCAUAGAAGCUGUAUCAAUUUACAUUCCCACCAACAGUGCAAGAGUCUUCCCUUUUCUCCACACCCCUCCAGCAUUUAUUGUUUCUAGAUUUUUUGAUGAUGGCCAUUCUGACCAGUGUGAGGUGAUAUCUCACUGUGGUUUUGAUUUGCAUUUCUCUAAUAAUUAGUGAUGUUGAGCAUCUUUUCAUGUGCCUCUUGGCCAUCUGUAUGUCUUCCUUGGAGAAAUGUCUAUUUAGGUCUUCCACCCAUUUUUUAACUGGAUUGUUGGUUUUUUUUGAUAUUGAGCUCCAUGAGUUGUUUGUAUAUUUUGGAGAUUAAUCCUGUUGUUUCAUUUGCAAAUAUUUUCUCCCAUUCUGAGGGUUGUCUUUUUGUCUUGUUUAUUGUUUCCUUUGCUGUGCAAGUUUUUAAGUU